AUGGAUUACUCAAUAGACAAAGACGAGUUCUGGCAGAUCUCCUGCGCUACUGGCCCAGCAGCUGCGGGAACUUUCUCCGAAGACCCGCGCUCCCCCAGCGAUUUCUUUGACCAGUAUGUGGUCAUGGAUGGGGCAGACUCGGGCGGUCUCGGUGCAAGCUUCUUCAUGCCGCUGCAAGGUGGACAAGGAGAGGACGAUUUCUCGCCACCCACGUCGUCUGUCACGGAGGCCGUCACCAGCGCGUCCUCCACCAACGGGUCUGCACCAGAUGUAUCGCAUACAACGUCGAAUUUCUCGGUCGAGGACACUCUGAAAGCUAUUUCAUUAGCAGAGACCGCACACCACCAGCCGCUCCGCGGCAGACUCCCCGAGCGACCCAGCGGCAGCCACGGCGAGGCAACACACCACGUCGUGCUAGGGCAGCUUAACCCCGACGCGCUCGAACAAAGGCGGCGGCUUCUUAGUGGCCGGCGCGGGCAGGACCAGGCCGCGGGUGGCUCGAUCACAGACUCGGAGCUGCUCCAGAUCGAAGGUUUAUCGGUGAAUUCGCCCCGUGGUGUGGCAGCUCAGCAGACAUCUGGUCCAUCCAUCCCACCCACGCCGCCGCCGCUGCAGGACUGUGCCCCAACCACGACGGCUCAUAACAUUGCUGGGAUAAAUGAGGGCGUUAAUCUCGACCAACUGGCGCAGAGCACCCGCAAUCACAAGUCGAAGCGGUUUGAGACGAUUUAUUCAACCAUCAGGAGGGCCGUCGGAGGGCACUCCCGAGGGCGAGUGCCGCCGCCGCCGCCACAGCAGCAGCAGCAGCAGCAGCACCCAAGCACGGCUCCCAUCCCUCAGACCAUGACACCCUCACAUGUUGAAUCGGCCAAGAAGGCCACGAGGAGGCUUGCUUCGGAGAGUCAGGCAGCUUCGCUCAGCUGGGACAGUCUCCCUAUCUCGCCGCCCUUGACAGAUCUGAGCAAUCUCCAACCGAGUGACGCGGCGACAUUUGGAAACGGAUAUCUCGAUGACCCCUUCUUCGAUCCUGCUGCAUCCUUUAACCACUCGAUCGGUCUCGCCCCUGCGGCGCAGGUCGUCGGCAAGGGCAACGUCCAGAACUGCAAUAUUCCCAACACGCCAUCGCACACCCCCGACAUGAAGACCGAUCACGCAAUGGAGGAUGACCUCGCGAAGUUCUUCAACACGAGCGAGACGUGGAAUUUGGAUAGCAGCUUCGGCACGACGACGGGAAUAGACACCACGUCGUUUCUCUCUGCAGACGGGAUCAGCAUGGACACAUGGGGCUUCGACCCGUCAUCGGACAGCGGCAGCAACCUCGACUGGGCGGCGCCCGCGGACGACGCCCACGCCUCGACGCGGAACUUCCACAACCUCACCAUCCAGGUGCCUCCGUACGUGCAAGACAACCGCCAGCACCACACCCCGCUGUCCGACGAUCUAGCCAGCAGCGGCCUGAUGAUCCACAUGCCUCAGCCGCGGACACCAGGCACGGCGCCGCUGCUGUCCUCGAACGUGGGGCCGAUGCACCCGCCCAACGUCCCGCAGUACCCCUUCCCGGAGCAGACGACACCACAGCACAACAUGCACUCAUUCAGGGGCCCGUACACGGACCACGGGCACUACGGCGGGACGCAGCGGCGGCCGAAGCCGCGGGCACCGUCGAGCGGCGCGAGGUACCACCACAUGGGGCCUGCCGGCGGGCCCGGCGGCGGCGGGGCGAUGGGGCCGGCGUCGAUCUCGCCGCGCAAGACGCGCCAGCCGAGCUGCUCGUCGUCGUCGCCCAGCCCGACGCCCGGGGGCCGGCGGUCGCGGUCGGCGGGGCGGCGCGCGGGCAGCCUGCACCACCGGGCGUCGGCGAGCGACAUCAUGACGGUGCCGACGACGGACGCGCAGACGCACGCGGUGCGCAAGCGGCGCAGCACGUCGUCGUGGCGGGGCCAGAAGCGCACGACGUCCACCUCGUCCUCUGCGGGGGACGGGUCCGGCGGAGGGGGCUCGUCGGGCGGCGGAGGAGGAGGGGGAGGCGGUGGUGGUGGCGGUGUCGGGUUCGUGAACUACACGCCCAACGACCACGGAGUCCUCAUGACCGGGGUGGCGCCGAGCGGGAGCUCCAAGACCAAGGCGAGGCGGGAGAAGGAGGCGAUGGAGCGGCAGAGGAAGCUCAGCGAGGCGAUGGUCAAGACCAUGGCCGAGGCCGGGGUUGAUGUUGACCGGCUGAAGCAGGAGGGCAUCGUCAUCUAA